AUGGCCAACGCGCGGCCGUACGCACCUCUGCGCGCGGGGGCCGCGCAUCCGCGCAGCGAUCCCCGACGCCUUCCGCUCCCACGUCCCGCGUGGGCGGCUCUCCUCCGCGCUCGCCGGCCCCGGGGCUGCCGCCGGCUCCGCUCCUCUCCGCGCCGGGCGGUGGGCACGGGGCCGCGCGCCCGCUGCGCGCCCCCGGGCGACGUGAAGCGCGGACACGCGUGGGGAGCGGCGGGGCGGGGCUCGCGUCGACCAAUGGCACAGGCGCGCUGCGGGGCGCGGCAGCGCCGACCAAUGGGCGCGAGGCGAAGCGAGGCUGCGGGGAGGCGGGGGCGUGGCCGCGCAGCUCUGCGCCGCGCAGCGAAAUGGCGGCCUCGUUGCGCGCCCUCCUCCGUCCCAGCGCCGGUGCCUGCGCCGAUGCCGCGCGGCGCCGCGCGUUCCUGGCGGCACUCCGCCCCCUUGUGGCGGGGCGGGGGUGCAGCGACGGUGCAGAAGGCCGGGGCGGGCGGCAGCGUGGGGCUGAUCCGGCUGCAGCGGCCCGAGGCGCUCAACGCGCUCUGUGCGGGGCUGAUGGAGGAGCUGAGACGCGCCCUGGACGCCUUCGAGGCCGACGGGCAGGUGGGAGCUAUUGUCAUCACCGGCAGUGAGAAGGCCUUUGCAGCCGGCGCUGACAUUAAAGAGAUGCAGAACAAAACCUUCCAGGAGUGCUAUGCUGGCGGCUUCCUGGCCGGCUGGGACCGGGUGGCCACUGUCCGCAAGCCCACCAUCGCCGCUGUUAAUGGCUUCGCUUUGGGCGGCGGCUGUGAACUGGCCAUGAUGUGCGACAUCAUCUAUGCCGGGGAGAAAGCGCAGUUUGGACAGCCCGAGAUCCUGCUGGGGACAAUCCCAGGUGCCGGCGGGACGCAGAGGCUGACCAGGGCGGUGGGCAAGUCGCUGGCCAUGGAGAUGGUGCUGACCGGGGAGCGUAUCUCGGCGGCGGAGGCCAAAGCGGCAGGUCUGGUCAGCAAAGUCUUCCCCGUGGACAAGCUGCUGGACGCGGCCAUUGGCUGCGCUGAGAAGAUCGCUGCCAACUCCAAGCUGGUGGUAGCUAUGGCCAAGGAGUCCGUCAAUGCUGCUUUCGAAACAACACUGACAGAGGGGAACAGGACGGAGAAGCGCCUCUUCUAUGCCACUUUUGCCACCGACGACCGCAAGGAAGGGAUGACUGCGUUUGUGGAGAAGCGCAAGGCCAACUUCACUGACAGUUGAACUGCAGAACCUGCAGACACUCGUUCCCCUUCGCUGCCCUUCACCACCCACGUGCCUCAAAAUGAAGGACGGGCCCGUCAGCACUGCAGAGGGAGCCAGCACCCGGCACUGAAUGAUGCCCACACUGGACAAGAUCCCCAGCAGGGUUUUGGCUCGUUAUUGCUAUUAAAAGGCUUUCCUGGUGCUGCCA